GAUUGUGAGCUAAGAGCCAGGGAUAAGAGGCUCGGGACUGUGCGGCCCCCUCGCCUGGGCUGGCCCGCCACCGCCACACAGGAAGCGAGGAAGGAGCGCCGCCCCACCCCAUCUAGGAAUGUCCAGUCCCCGGGUGAGCCUCCGCGGCGGCGCAGGUCCCUCCCCAGAGUCCUGUCCGCCACCAGGCUCCCGGGAAAGGAGCUGUCCCAACGUGCGGGAGCCCAGCCCCACCUCCGUCUUUUCCAUCUUUUCGCUGGGGUGGCGUUGUUGUUGUCAUCGUUGUCAAGCCUCCUGCUGGGCACAGGGGACCUCCAUCAGCACGCACGUGGCUUCCCCUGUAGCAGAGGAGGAAAACCAGCUAGGCAAUGCCAAUACAGAGUGCCAAGUGUCGCACGGUCAGUGCACCAGUUUCUGUCUGAUUGACAACCAGAGCCGCUCCCAGAUGAGUGAAUUUUCCUGGAAGGAUGUUACCAGUGCCUUGUCCCUGGCCAACUUGAUCCUGGGGCUUUUCUCCAUCUUCUGCAGCUUCUGCAAGAAGUCCCACUGUGCCUCCUGGAUGCUUCUGAUGAGCUUCCUGUUAGACAUGGCGGUCAGGGCAAUGACCAGACGCCUCAACAUCUGCUCCAAGUUGGGAGCUGAGCUGAAUGACUUUGCUGUCUUCACCACCUUUGGCCUGGCGUCAGCCCUGCUCCUAGGCGUGAAUGGGGCUCUGAACGGGUUCCUGGCCAUCAUCUAUGUGUUAGCUGCUUCUUUCCGCCUGUGUUUUUAUUCAAGUGCAGGCAUUCCCUUCACAUACAAAGGUCUACCCUGCCCCUACGCUUCCUGUGUCUUGGCCUCCACCUCCCUUCUGACCAAAGGCAACACGUUCAUUCUCUCUUGCAUGGCCUCACUCAUGAUCCUCUUCAUGAUGGACCGAAGUUACUACCCACACGACGAAAUCCUGGAGUCUCAGAAAUGGAAAAAAAUGGUUUAUCUGGCAGGUGUCAUCAUGCUAUUUUUGUCUCCAUUCUCGCUAACCGCUUUUUACUGCCUGAUGUGGUCGCUGUCCUACAUCUUCUUUCCAGAAGUUAUGUGGGGCAAGGCAGAGUGUCUUAGGCUACAGCACGGAGGAAACUAAACAGCUCUACCAACUGCCACUGGCCUCUGUGGGGUUUGUGCCAGCGUGCCGGGCCAAGCCUGCCUUAUCCUCACUAAAUCUUUCCUUGUCCCUGCAUUGUGCGUGUGCAAGAUACAUGUUGCCUUGAACCAGAGCAGCCCACAGUGGGGCCAGCGGCCUUCACUUCUGCCUCUUUAUUCAGGGCUCUGAAUCCCUUGGGGAUAACAGUUGCCUAUGUCACAUAGAACAGAAUUUUUUCUUAAGCUAAACUUGGGCCAGGUUUGAGUUCCAGCUUUGUUUUUAGCUGAGUGACCUUGUGUACUGUGGUUAACCUCUAGGAAAGGAGUGAAACCAUUUGGUAUUGGUAUGGCCUCCACUCCAGUGGUGGGGUGGUGCUCACUAAAGCAUUUCUUUUUUUUUUUUUUCCUUCUUCUUGUUCUUCUCCCCAAAACCCCGCAGUACAUAGUUGUAUAUUCUAGUUGUAGGCCCUUCUGGUUGUGCUAUGUGGGACGCUG